AUGUACGAAAUGCUACGAAAUAUAGCACCACCAGUCGGUUUCGGUCGCAAAUGUCCAUAUCGACUUGCUUAUAAACACUUGAUUCGCAUGAAUAUGCCAGUGGCUGAAGAUGGCACCGUUCACUUUACAACCACACUGUUCGCACUUAUUCGUGAAUCACUCAGUAUCAAAAUGAGACCUGUCGAAGAAAUGGAUGAAGCAGAUGAAGAGUUGAGACAAACAUUACGAAAGAUUUGGCCAUUGAAAGCGAAAAGGAACAUGAUCGAUUUGGUGGUACCACCAAAUACAGGUGAAAGUAGAUUGCUAAAUAUUUUUUGCGUGAGAUUUUCGAGAAUUAGGGCACUUUAG